CAGCAGUGCUCUGUAUUUGGCAGCAGCAGUGUUCAGUAUUUGCUGGCAGUAGUGCUCAGUAUUUGGCAGCAGUAUUUGGCGGCAGAAGUGCUCUGUAUUUGGCAGCAGUAGUGCUCAGUAUUUGGCAACAGCAGUGCUCAGUAUUUGGCAGCAGUAUUUGGCGGCAGCAGUGCUCAGUAUUUAGCAGCAGUACUUGCCAGCAACAGCGCUCAGUAUUUAGCAGCAGCUCUGGUCACUAUUUGGCAGCAGUAUUUAGCGGCAGCAGUGCUCAGUAUUGGCAGCAGAAGUGCUCAGUAUUUGGCAGCAGCAGUGCUCAGUAUAUGGCAGCAGUACUUGCCAACAACAGCGCUCAGUAUUUAGCAGCAGCUCUGGUCACUAUUUGGCAGCAGUAUUUAGCGGCAGCAGUGCUCAGUAUUUGCCGGCAGUAGUGCUCUGUAUUUGGCAGCAGAAGUGCUCAGUAUUUGGCAACAGCAGUGCUCAGUAUUUGGCAGCAGUAUUUGGCGGCAGCAGUGCUCAGUAUAUGGCAGCAGUACUUGCCAGCAACAGCACUCAGUAUUUAGCAGCAGCUCUGGUCACUAUUUGGCAGCAGUAUUUAGCAGCAGCAGCGGUCAGUAUUUGGUAGCAGUAUUUGCCGGUAGCAGUGCUCAGUAUCUGGCAUGCACAGUAUUUGGCAAUAGUAUUUGGCAGCAGCAGAGCUCAGCAUUUGGCUGCAGAAGUUCUCGGUAUUUGGUAACCGUACUGCUCAGUAUUUGGCUGCAACCCUCAGUAUUUGGCGGCAGCAGUGUUCAGUAUUUAGCAUGCUCAGUAUCUGGCAGCAGUAUUUGCCGGCAGCAGUGCUCAGUAUUUGGCCUUGACCUCAGCUCACAGACAGUCACUCUGGCUCGUCACGCUUGUCGUUACUGGGAAAGUAGCAGACGUCCCUUGUAGCCAUGAUGGAUUUGUUUUAAAUAAAAACACACAAAUGACACAGAACUGAAACUAGUCCAAGUGGCUUUUUGUCUGCACAGUUUUGUGGUGGUCCAUCUGUACACAGUCACCUUUCAGCUUCGCCCUCCAGCAGGUGAGACCAGGACUCAGAGGGCUCCAAGACGAGACCGGGCCAGGUUUUUGUGGUGGAGUGCUGGGAUUCACCACAGAUGGAUGGAAACUUUCCAGAUUGGCUUCAGUGCAACAACUGUGAAAGCACACUGCCACAGCGCGGUUCAGUUGCUGGACCUCUGAUUGCGGGGGGAUGCUGGUGUGUGAACUCAGCAGCUUCCUGAUGAACACGGCUGGACACUGGACAGGAAGUGAACGCAGCCUCCAGGACCAGAGCAGGGCGGUUUGACGAUACAGUACGGAGGUGACUUACAGCAGCUCCACCCAGGAGUUGGGAGGAGCAGGAAGGAGCAGCAGAUCGCUUCAGCCCAGAUAAUCAAAUGAUGCAAGAGGCGGGUUAACCACUCAGCAGGAAGCAGCCUCUGAGUUGUACAGUCUGGGUGAUCGAGUCUGUAACUGAAAACUGGUUUUGUUGUGACUGGACAUCAGCUCUCGCUUCAGCAGCUCCACAGUGUGAACUGCCCAAGCUGUUUCUACACCUGAACAUCACCACCCACAUCUCUGAAUCGCGCUCGUCGUAGAGGUUGAAGUCUUACCCGUGACUGUCGAGGUGGAAAAACAGUAAGACAGCAGGAAGCCAUGAUGACACCAGAAGGCCUUGCGAACACUCUGGAGGAUUUAACAGCAGAGGAAUUUAAGAAAUUCAGAUGGUAUCUGAACCAGGAAGACGUGCUGGAAGGCCACCAACCCAUCAAAUGGUCCAAGCUGGAGAGGGCAGACGUGUUUCAAACCGUGACUCUGAUGGUGCACGCCUAUAAAAUGGAUGGAGCUCUGACGGUGACCAAGACGGUUUUAGAGAAGAUACCCAGAAACGACCUGGUGCAGAGACUAACGGACACCAGCUCAGGACCAGGAGUGGGUGUCAGUGAUGGUGGACAGACUCCAGACAACAGAGGACCUUCCUCCUCUCAGACUGAAGAUGCAAUCAUUCCAGUACCAGAGCCACGACACAUCUCAUAUUACCAGAAAAGACUUCAAUCAAACCUCCAGGACAAGUUUAUAUGUGCUCAAGAGGGAUUGACACAGAAGAAGGACGAGCAACCUCUGGAUGAUAUCUACACAGAGCUUUACAUCACAGCUGGGGGUGACCUACACAUCAACAAGCAGCAUGAGGUCAGACAGAUUGAGGCGGCGAGGAAGCCAGCAGAAACAGAUGAACCAAUUAAACCCAGAGACAUGUUCAAGCCCCCCUCUGGAAAAUAUAAACCCAUAAGAACAGUGCUAACCAGUGGAAUUGCAGGAAUUGGCAAAACAUUUCUUGUGCGCAGGUUUGUGUUGGACUGGGCUGAAGGAAGAGCCAAUCAAGAUGUGCACCUCAUGUUCCCCUUCACCUUCCGCCAGCUGAAUUUAUGGAAGGGAGAAGAGUUAUGUUUGGCAACGCUAAUUCAUAAAUGUAUCAGAGAGACCAAAGACAUCAAGGUAGAAGCUCUGAAUCACAUCUUCACAACUCUGCAGUCCUCAGGAAACACCAACUAUGACAAAAGUAAAUUCAAACUUCUGUUUGUCUUGGAUGGACUGGAUGAGAGCCAACUUCAUCUGGACUGCUCUGAGAGUAAAAACCAGGACACAGACUUUGAUGUCACAAAGUCCACCUCAGUGGAUGUGCUGCUGACAAACCUCAUCAACAGGAACCUGCUUCCAUCUGCGCGUCUCUGGAUAACCACACGACCUGCAGCAGCCAAUCAGAUCCAUUCUGAUUUUGCUGACACAGUGAUAGAGGUUAUCGGGUUCACUGACCCACAGAAGGAGGAGUACUUCAGGAAGAGAUCCAGAGAUGAGGAGCAGACCAGCAGAAUCAUCUCCCACAUCAAGACAUCACGAAGCCUCCACAUCAUGUGCCACAUCCCAGUCUUCUGCUGGAUCACUGCUACAGUUCUGGAGGAUGUGUUGAAGACCAGAGAGGGUGGAGAGCUGCCCAAGACCCUGACUGAGAUGUACAUCCACUUCCUGGUGGUUCAGUCCAAACGAAAGAACAUCAAGUAUGAUGGAGGAGCUGAGACAGAUCCACAGUGGAGUCCAGACAGCAGGAAGAUGAUUGAGUCUCUGGGAAAACUGGCUUUUGAGCAGCUGCAGAAAGGCAACCUGAUCUUCUAUGAAUCAGACCUGACAGACUGUGGCAUCGAUAUCACAGCAGCCUCAGUGUACUCAGGAGUGUUCACCCAGAUCUUUAAAGAGGAGAGAGGACUGCACCAGGACAAAGUGUUCUGCUUCAUCCAUCUUAGCAUUCAGGAGUUUCUGGCUGCUCUUCACGUCCAUCAGACAUUCAUCAACUCUGGUGUCAGUCUGAUGUCAAAAGGACCAUUAACCCGUUCUAAGGUAAGGUCUGGACAUAAACCAACUCAUCUGUACCAGAGUGCUGUGGAUGAGGCCUUACGGAGUCCAAAUGGACACCUGGACUUGUUCCUCCGCUUCCUCCUGGGUCUUUCACUUCAGGACAAUCAGACUUUCCUACGAGGUCUGAUGAAACACACAGAAAGUGUCUCACAGACCAGACAGAAAACAGUCAGGUACAUCAAGAAGAAGAUCAGUGAGAAUCUGUCUCCAGAGAGGAGCAUCAAUCUGUUCCACUGUCUGAAUGAACUGAAUGAUGGUUCUCUGGUGGAGGAGAUCCAACAGUCCCUGAGGUCAGGAAGUCUCUCCACAGAUAAACUGUCUCCUGCUCAGUGGUCAGCUCUGGGCUUCAUCUUACUGUCAUCAGAAGAAGAUCUGGACAUGUUUGACCUGAAGAAAUACUCUGCUUCAGAGGAGGUUCUUCUGAGGCUGCUGACAGUGGUCAAAGCCUCCAACAAAGCUCUGCUGAGUGGCUGUAACCUGUCAGAGAGAAGCUGUGAAGCUCUGUCCUCAGUUCUCAGCUCCCAGUCCUCUAGUCUGAGAGAGCUGGACCUGAGUAACAACCACCUGCAGGAUUCAGGAGUGAAGCUGCUGUCUGCUGGACUGAAGAGUCCAAACUGUCAGCUGGAGACUCUUGGGUUGUCAGGCUGUAUGAUCACACAGGAAGGCUGUGCUUCUCUGGCCUCAGCUCUGAGAUCCAACCCCUCCCAUCUGAGAGAGCUGGACCUGAGCUACAAUCAUCCAGGAGACUCAGGAGUGAGGCUGCUGUCUGCUGGACUGGAGGAUCCACACUGGAGACUGGACACUCUCAGGGUGGAACAUGGUGGACAGCAGUGGCUGAAACCUGGUCUGAGGAAGUAUGCCUGUGAACUCACAGUGGACACAAACACAGUAAACACAAACCUCAAACUGUCUGACAACAACAGAAAGGUGACAGCAGUGAUGGAGGAGCAGCCUCAUCCUGAUCAUCCAGAGAGGUUUGACUUCUGGCCUCAGCUGCUGUGUAGACCUGGACUGACUGGUCGCUGCUACUGGGAGGUCGAGUGGAGUGGAGUUGCUUAUAUAUCAGUGACUUACAGAGGAAUCAGAAGGAAAGGAAACACUGCUGACUGCUGGUUUGGACGAAAUAAUAAAUCCUGGAGUCUGAGGUGCUCUGAUGAUGAUGGUUAUACUGUCUAUCACAAUAGGAGAAAAACAUGCAUUUCCUCGUCCCUGUCCUCUGUCUCUCACAGAGUUGCAGUGUAUGUGGACUGUCCUGCUGGCACUCUGUCCUUCUACAGAGUCUCCUCUGACACACUGAUCCACCUCCACACCUUCAACACCACAUUCACUGAACCUCUUCAAGCUGGAUUUGGCUUUGGGCUCUGGCCUGACUUCUCCUCAGUGUCUCUGAGUUCAGUGUAGGAGGGAGAGUCUCCUCCUGUUAGAGGAACACACACACACACACACACACACAGUUUGAAAUAACUUGAAAUCCUUUUAAAGUGUUUUCAUUCAGGUUUUGUAACAAAGAUUUUAGUUUGAUGUUUUCUGUACUUUACAAUCUGAACUGAUUUCUCACAUAAAUAAGCGUGUUUAUCCAAUAAAAUCAGGUUCCAGACUCUCA